AUGCGACCAGUGACCAGUGCUGAAUGCGCUGCCGCUGCCAGUAUAGGCAGCCCUGCCGCUGUUCCCCCUGUGGCUGAGGCAGUUGGUAUGGAUGUUGCUGCUGAAGCCAGUACUCUUGGCACUAGUGCAAGUUCUACUUCUGACCCCCACGAGAUUGGCGCUGCUGUUAGCAUUGUUGACGGCAACACGGGCAGUCACAACGUGAAUGGUGGAACUACCGGUAUUGAGGAGCAGCUUGAACUGUGCAAAGAAGAGAAUGCACGUCUCAGAGCAGAGAAAGCUGAGCUUGAGGCUAUUGCUAAUAAGCCGUGCAAACCAGGCUGGGUACUGGAGUCUGAUGACACCGUGCACUACUACACUGGUCUUCCUUCUGUUAAGGUAUUUCACUCUCUGUUGGAUUUGAUAUUGCCUCACCUCAACCAGAAAGUAAAAUCUGGACGCCCACGCCAGCUGCAGCCCGCCGAUGAAUUUCUUCUUGUGCUGAUGCGUCUCCGGCUUGGCUUGCAGAUAGAGGACCUUCAACACCGUUUCAGGCUGAAAGCAAAGUCCAGGGCAAGUAAAAUUAUAAAGAAAUGGAUUCCACUUCUGGCUUGCGCAUUCAAGCCCCUGCUCGUGUGGCCGUCUCGUAGACGUGUGCUGCAGUGCAUGCCAGCUGCUUUCAAGGCGCAGCAGACAUACAAGAAUGUACGUAUUAUUCUGGACUGUUUCGAGUUCGAGAUGGAGGCACCAUCAUCUCUGUCUCUGAACACCAUGACGUACUCCAGGUACAAAGGCAGAAACACCGUGAAGGUGCUUUUCGGUGUCACCCCAGAUGGCUUCGUCUCCUUUGUUUCACGAGCAUAUCCCGGGUCAAUAUCCGACAACUCCAUUACGAUAAAGUCAGGAAUUCUUGACAUGAUCAGUCCAGGAGAUGAUAUCAUGGCUGACAAAGGCUUCACUUUGUCCAAUUCGGAGCUCCAGCCGCGUGGGCUGAGAGUUGUCGUGCCACCGUUUCGUUGUGGAGCUGUGCAAUUCUCAACACAAGAGGUUGAGACAACCAAGGUCAUCGCCAACCUCCGCAUUGUGGUAGAAAACUGCAUCAUGCGCGCACGCUAUUGCAGGUUCCUCCGGAACCAAAUUCCGGUGUCGUCUGUGCGGACUGCUUCAGACAUUGUCCUCAUUUGUGCCGUGCUUGCAAAUCUCCGACCACCAAUACGCUGA